UCACACAUCAAAUAUGUGCACAUAUGCAAUAUGUGACUAUUCGACCAGCAAGGCACUUAACUGCUUUAUUUACAUUGCUUUAUUUAUUUCUCAUAUUCUAUUUCUGAUCAUCUGUUUACAUUAUUCUCUUUUUGGACUAGCUGCAUAUUUAGUGAACGACUAUAUCUUUCGUUAAAAUUGUGAAAUUCAAAAGAAUUUUAUUUUUCUACAGAUAUAAGGUUGAUAAUUAAAGUAAAAGUAUGUCAGCUUGGGCUGCUCCAGUAUUGGUUGAAGAGCCAGAAAGUCUAUCAGAUAUAAUAAGAGCUGAAAAAUCAGAAAAACAAAAAAUCAAGAAGCAGAUUAAGGAAGACUUCAAUCUUGCCAAGCAGCUAACUGUUUUUGAUGUUAUUGAUCCAGUUAAACCAAAAGUCGAAGAUCCAGUGAAGAAAGUUGUUAAUUAUGGACCAAUUAGUUCUUCGACAGCUGAUUUUUUGGAUUCCCUGACUUUACAAGACGAGACAGUCAAAAGUCCUCCUAUCGAGGAUGAUAAGACCAUUGCUGAGCUAUUGCAGGCUCAAUUUGAUCUAGAAUAUGACGAGGAAAUAAAGAGACUUGAAGCUAGCAGAAAUAAAAAUUCAAAAGUGUCUGUAUCGCUUGCAAAGUACCGACUAUAUCCAGAUGACUUACUAGCUGCUGACGAUUCAGACAAGCAAGAUGAAGACGAAGUAGACAGACGUAGAAUGAAGAAUUGGGAUCGAUUUGAGGAAAACGAUAAGGAAUUUUCAAAAAUUGGUAAGGCUGGAUAUUUUGAAAAAGAAGACGGGAAGAUUAUUACGAAACAUGAUGGAGAUUUAUCAGGACGUAGAAAUGCUGGAAAAGUCAUGGAAUUCCAUUCUAAUUUUGAAUGUGGUGAUUGUGGCAAUUUUGAUAUGAAAAUCUCCAAUAAAGUUUUUAAUGAGCUUAGAGCACAUUCAAAUCUUAUGGCUAAAAAGACACAUCAAGUGUCUUUGGACAGAAAAGAAAAUAAAUCAACGAGUGAAAUGUCAAUUGAUCAGAAAACACGCUUAAUAAUCUAUAAAUUUAUUAACACAACGAUGGUGAUGAACAGCAUUGAUGGAAUUAUAUCAAAAGGAAAGGAAGCUGUUGUAUUGCACGGUGAAGGAAAUCUUGAGAAUACAUUAUAUCCAAAUGUCACAAAGGAAGUGGCAGUAAAAAUCUUUUCAACAACAUUAAAUGAAUUUAAGCAACGUGAUCGAUACAUUAAGGAUGAUUUUAGGUUUAAAGCAAACUGCAAACAGAACAGCCGGAAUAUCAUCAAUUUAUGGUGCGAGAAGGAAUUUCACAAUCUCCAUAGACUUGCCAAAGCGGGUAUUUUAUGUCCAAAACCAAUUGUUUUCAAGAAACACAUUUUAUUAAUGUCUUAUAUUGGAAAUGGACAUGAGAAUCCUGCACCAAAAUUAAAGGAUGUCAAAUUAAGCAAGGCUGAAAUGAUUUGUGUGUACGACGAGGUAAUUGAAGCUAUGACAAAAAUGUAUCAAGAUGCGCGUUUAGUUCAUGCUGAUUUCUCAGAAUAUAAUAUCUUGUACUUCGAUGGAAAAUGCUACAUUAUUGAUUUGGCGCAAGCUGUUGAGCCUAUUCACCCAUCUGCAUUAGAUUUUUUGAUGCGAGAUUGUGGAAAUAUAACGAAUUUCUUUGAAAAGAAUGAUGUACCUGUCAAAACCAAAGAAGAAUUGUUCUUUGAAAUUACAAAACUUGAUCCAUUAACAACGAAUACAGCUAUGCUUGAAAAGAUUCAUAUGAAAGGUGAUGCUGUACAUGUUGUGACUAAUCCACUGAAUUUUGACGACUCGGAAAGAGAGAAAAUGCCAGAAAAGUAUCGAUUAAAGGAAUUUCCAUUCGAUUAUGCCUGGAAGAAAGUUGAGGAAUUGAAGCAAAAGAGCGAAACAACAGUUGAAACAAUUGUGGAGUCAAAAAAUGAUGAAGAUGAAUGGGUAGAAGUGUGCAACAAAAAGAAGGCAAAGCACAGAACAGACUGCAAGGAUAUUUACGAUGAUAAAGGUGCUGAUGUAUUCAAAGAAAUUUCAGUUACUAUAAAGUGAACCAAUUUAUAUACAAAAGUGUUCAUUUAUAUAUAUAAUAAAAUGGUCAGAUCGUAAAAGAUCUUUAAAAUACACAACCUUACUUCCGCACACAAUCUUUUGUGGAGUAAUUGUGUCAACUGAAAAUAAAGCUUAUCUUAUUUAUUAUUGGUUAAGUAGC